UUCGUCAGUUUGGUAAACAAAUAAAGCGCAUUGAGCGUCUUCUGCUGUUUUUUCGUGAAAAUCAUAGGGAAAUACCGGAAAAUUACAAGUGAAUAUUGUGUACAACAGUACCUCUAGAGUCCCUCAGCUGAAACAUGAGUGAACCCAGCACUUCGAAGGACUCUGCGGUGACAAAAACCGCCAUGGUGUAUGUUUGUGGAGAGUGUCAUCACGAGAACGACAUGCGACCGCGUGAUCCCAUCCGUUGCCGUGAGUGUGGCUACAGAAUCAUGUACAAGAAGCGCACAAAGAGAUUGGUGGUAUUUGAUGCUCGCUAGUUCCCACGGACAUCUCACGACAAUUUAUUGAAUAAAUCUUUCGAAAUACACGAUGGGUUUUACGCGGAAGAAAAAAUAAAUUAACUAAGCUCAAAA